AUGCAUACAGUACAAAUUUUCAUUGAGUACAGAUUAACAGAACUUAUUGAAACAGUUCAUUACGAAAGUAAUACAGCUACAUUGUACUUUAUAAGAUUUGAUCAAGACUUUUUAAGUGACUUCGCCAAAAAUCAUCCCUUAAGUCCAGUGUCAAUAAUUCAAGAUAUUGCUUGGAAUAAUAGAGAAAUUACCAACACCGUUUUAAUAGUGCAAGGUAACAAAAUUUCACCUUAUAAGGACCAACUUCUGGAAGUUCUGAUUGAAAGAAUUCAAGUUAGGAACUUUGUGAUUAUAUCAACUGAUACUUUUCUAAGUCUGAGGAAGUAUAUUUCAAACUUUUUCGAAAAGAAAUUCAGAAGAAUUCUUGGACAAGUUCACAAUGAUUUGUAUGCUUUCUUUCCCUUUUCUGAUCAACAAGUCCAGAAGCUUGAGAAAAAUGGAAUACUUCCAAAGCAUUUAAGCAAUCUAAAUGGUUACACUUUUUGUACAGUUAUUCAAGAUGAUAUACCAAGAACUUUUCCAUACAAUGAUAAACAAGGAAAACGACAAGUUGGAGGAUCAUUUGGAAGACUGCUCAUCGAAUUUUUCCGAAAUCAUAAUGCAACUUACAAAGAAGUUUUUAUCAGCAAUUCGUCAGAGUUAAAUAUAACAGCAAUAAAGAAUGCAACAUCAAUGAUUUUGGACAGAAGCUAUCCGUUAAAAGUCAUCGGUUGGGUGAUGAGGGUACCGAUACAUGGUUACGUCAGUCCUCAUGAAUACUUUUUAAAACCUUUCACAUUCACUACAUGGUUAUGGAUUGGAUUAACCUUGAUCUAUAUAACUUUGAUGAAAAUUCUUUUGAAAAAGUGUCUUGAGAAGCCCUUAGAAAUUUGGGAGAGCUUCAGUCAAACGUAUCUGGCUUUCUUGAUGUUAUCUUCUGAAAAACCUAUUACAACUGGAUAUCGUUUUCAUCUUCAGAUCUUUCUAUUUUCUUUCAUCAUUGGAAAUAUUUAUGUAAUCUUUUUUACGUCAUUUUUAACAGCUUUCAUAAAAAUUAAACAAUUCGAUACUAUGCAAGAUUUAAUUGACAAUAAUUUCCCAAUUUUGGUAUCAAAGUUUGACUGGCAGCACAUUUGUAGACCUGAUGCUUAUUCGCAAGAGUUCCUCAAUUUAUAUGUUCCUGUUGAUCAUAAAAUAUUCUACCAAGAGCUUCAUUCAAUGAAGAAUACAAGUUACGCCUAUACACUUGGUUCUGAUCGAAAUGAUUUUCUAAUUAAAAUGCAAGCAUCUGUAAUGAAGCCUUUAUUUCGAACAGCUCAGGAAAUAAAAGGAUAUUAUAUGGUUGGUUAUAUUUUGCCAUUCCAUUCACUUUUUAAGGAGAUUUUAGAUGAUUUUGUUAUAAGAGUUAAAGAAACAGGACUAACGUUGAAAUGGGAUGCUGAUGUUGUUUAUCUAACUCCUUUAGCUGGUUUUGAAAUUGAUAAGGAUGCAAAUGGUGGUGAGAUAUUUUUGCAUGUUCCAUUGAAUUUGAGACAUUUUGAAUUUGCUUGGAGUUGA